UAAAUAAGAAAGCUCAAAGCUACAAGAUGAGAAAAACGAGGAAGAAAUUGAGAAAACGAUGGAAGCGAAGUUGUCCCGUGCGGCAAAGAAGCUCACAACGUCACCCAUUCAAGAACUCUCCCAUCUUGCACAGUGCUGCAAUGCCAUCAAUCUCGCUGAGGGCUUCCCGGACUUCCCUGCCCCUCUCCACAUAAAAAACGCUGCCGUUUCCGCAAUCAAUUCUGACUUCAACCAGUACAGGCACGUGCAAGGCAUAUGUGAUCACCUGAGCCAGAUGGUGAAGGAAAUUCAUGGCUUGGACAUCAACCCCUUAACGGACGUUGCUAUUUGCUGUGGUCAAACUGAGGCAUUUGCAGCAGCAAUUUUCGCAACAAUUGAUGCUGGUGAUGAAGUCAUACUGUUUGACCCUUCGUAUGAAACAUAUGAAGGAUGUAUUACCAUGGCAGGGGGAGUCCCAAUACAUGUGCCGCUUGACCCACCUCAGUGGACUCUGGAUCCAAGCAAAUUGCUGAGAUCACUAACGGAGAGAACUAAAGCCAUAGUACUGAACAGUCCUCACAAUCCAACUGGCAAAGUUUUCACAAAAGAAGAACUUGAGACUAUUGCUAGAGCAUGCUGCAGCCAAGAUUGCCUGGCAAUAACAGAUGAAGUAUAUGAGCAUAUAACAUACGACACCGUGAAACAUAUAUCCCUUGCCACAUUUCCAGGAAUGCAAGAGCGGACUGUUAUAACAUCGUCUUUGUCUAAAACAUUUAGUGUUACAGGCUGGAGGGUUGGAUGGGCAAUUGGACCUGCUUUCCUUGCAUCUGCUAUCAGAAAUAUUCAUAUCAAAGUUACGGAUUCGGCACCAGCGCCAUUUCAGGAAGCUGCAUUGACUGCUUUGAGAAGUCCCCCAGAAUACUUUCAAACAUUGAAAAGUGAUUAUCAAUCAAAACGAGACUUUAUUGUCAAGUUGCUUGCUGGAGUAGGUUUCAAGAUACAGUUUAUACCUCAAGGUUCCAUUUUCUUGUUUGCGGAGCUUCCAGAAGAUUGCCACCUAUCUGAUGUAGAAUUUGUUAAGAAACUAAUACUAGAAGCAGGGGUGGUGGCUGUACCAGGACAAGGAUUUUUUCACGCAAACUUAUCAUCGAAUGGAAUUUCUGAAGGAAGUUGUUCCUACCAGAAGAGAUAUAUAAGAUUUGCAUUUUGUAAGAGCCAUGAAACCUUGGCUGCGGUUUCAGAAAGACUGGGUAACCUUUUGAAUGGUGAAGGCUUCUUGCGCUAAACGAAAUGGCAUCUUACGUAUUGGGGAAAGCUUUGGGAGCAAUUUGUUUAACAUUCUAAAAGAUCAUGAAACAAUUUGUCGAUUUCUUUUCUUUGGUAUUAAUUUGGACGAAGCAUAAAUUAUUAAGUACCAAAUUUUGGAUAUUACUCCAUUAGUUACAUUAAAAAAAUGGACACUGUUAUGAUAAAGAGUGAAGUUAGGUGAGAAUGAAAAUUUUGUGACUAAAUUCCCAAAAGUGUCAUUGAGAUUUGGCCUGUGCAUUAAUGUUACUUCUCAGUUUUCAAUUGCACUAAUUAAACCAUUCAGAUUGAAUGCCUGGCUCCAUACAGGUCUUUGAGCUCAUUUCCAAUGUGAGUCAGCAAGCGGAGAGCUGAUUUGACACUGCUGUUGCCACCUAAAAUGUUAUAACGGCUAGCUGAUGUGGUAUACAUUUCAAAAUUUUCCAAUUCAGUUUUUGUCUUCAAUUAUAAACUCUAAACUUAAUUCUUCCUCAUUCUUUCUGUUGCUAUUGCACCCAUGAUAGGGAGUGGUAGUCAUGUUUCAACAAUUCAUUUCUUACAUAUUUAAUUUUCUAAUCACUCGAUCUCUCAUUGAUCGACCUUCAGACCUAUUGAAAUUUAAGCCAAAUCGGUUGAUUUCCUACUCAUCUAUUUUUUUGUGUUUUGUCUGCACUCAAUAUCCAUUCUUGAACCUAUUACGGUAAAGAUGAAGUGUUAUCUCCAAAGGUCCUAACCACUUAGUUAACCAACACUUAAAGCACGAAUACCUAGAAACCUCUUAAGACCUAAACAGUUCUAUGUUAAAGACAUACGUAACAAACUUGUUAA